GUAGACAACCUUUUGAUUCACCUUAUUUGAUUGUUAGCGAAAAGGGGCGUCAAUUACCGUAAAUCCUAAUGUAAUACAGAUAGGAUAGCCUGCAUAAUGCCAUUGACUACCUUAUUUUUUUUUUAUCUUUCUUUGGAGCAGUUUUGCUACAAAAUGAUAUGAUCUAAUCGCGGAAACAAUGCCACUAGACCAACAGGAACUCGAGCUAACAUUGGCGCUGUCACUGCUCCUAUCCCGCAUUGACAGCUGGGUUACGCGGAGGCUCGUCGGUCGUAUGCUUUGUGUGAUGCGGGAAACUGCUGAACGUUUUGUUGUGGAAUGAAAUCGACAUUGUGAAAAAGUCUUUGUUCAUCUUUUCAUUCAAAACGGAGUUUGAAAUUCGGCAAGGAGAGAUGAAGAAUCUACUCCCUGGGAUAGUCCUGACGUUUUUGAUAUUUUUAGAGUGCAUAGAGGCCAAAAAGUACUGCUGGUAUUUUGAAGGCGGAUACCCCAUCUACUUUAUAUGCCGCUCGUACGAGGACUGCUGUGGGACCCGUUGCUGUGUCCGAGCCCUCUCCAUCCAGCGGCUAUGGUACUUCUGGUUGAUGCUGAUGAUGGGGGUGCUAUUCUGCUGCGGAGCGGGCUUCUUCUUCCGCAGGUGCAUGCACCCCUCGCCCCUCAGCGACGAGCCUGCCUUCAACGUCUCCUUCACCAGGCAGCCUGUAUCUACGCCAGUAUCCCAGCAGCCUGGCAUGGUAGGCUAUGGUGACCCCGGCGGCGUCAUGACUUCCCCCCUCACCCCCGUCUACCCCAUCCAGCCCGACCCCGCCCAUAUGAUGAACGACUACCCUCCACCGCCCUCGUACUGCAACCACCCACCCCCGCCUUAUGAACAGAUUUUCCGGACACCAGAGAAGAAGUAAGUCUCCGCGGCGUUUCCCUCCGUUCCUCCUCCUUCGUUGUGACAUCACCAGCAGAACGGACAAGGACACGAGGGGACAGCCACAGUGUCUGUCCACUGUUACACUGUCAGCCCAAGUGCUCACCCAGGUCACAGGGACAAGAAACUGAGAACCACCUAGAGGAACAAACUGUCCUUCCUGAGGACCUGGAUACAGACCGGCUCAAUAUGUCUCCAUGGUUUAUAUUUUCAAAAUCAUUCAUUCUUUCUAAUUUACACAAAAGCAUAAUUAUAUAUAUACCAGUCUUUUUCUGCUGACAGUGCCAUCUUGAUGAGCAUGGUCUGUGACUGAUCUGUAGUGAGGCACUCGGACUCCUGUAAAUGACACAACUGAGGAAUUUCAAUGGAGAAUGCUGACCCAAGAUCAGCACAUUGCUUCUUGAUGAACAGAUUCAUGUUAGCAUUAUGGUAGAGUAAGCUGACCUAGGACCAGGGCAUAAGAACAGACACUGUCUAAAACUGUACACGAGUGACAGCAAAUUGGAGUUGAAAGCCACCUUGGAGAAGUUACUACACAAGGUGUUUUAAAUAGCUGAAAGGGGUAAAGACUCUGUUAGGAUGCGUCCACACUAGUUGGGCUGCUUGUCUCGUCCUCAAUCCUGUGACUAUAAACACUCCGGGCAGGAAGUCUGAUCGCUGUGAAGGAGGGGAAACGGACCUGGAUUUAUCAGACCUAUUAUGUGCUGAAAGCUAUCGCAACCGUGCCAACGCCAGAUUCUCGAAGAAUUCAGUUCCACUCAAGGCCAGAUAUUUUUGGGGGAACUAUCACCACAGAGGUUCAGUAAUGGUUUUUCAGAGAUGUGGACUUCAGUUUGUAUAGUAAAGGAGCUCGACCAGAAUGAGGAUGAACUCAAAUCAAUGUGUUCGUUCCAGACACGCAUGCAUUCAGGUUGCAACUGGAUCACGUUUCACUGAGGAGCUCAAGGACUUUGUUUACCGUACCUUCGAAGUAUUCACAUCCCUUGUCUUUUUCCACGUGUAGUUGUUACAAAGUGGGAUUAAAAUGUCAUUUUUUUUGUCAACGAUCUACACAAAAUACUUGAAUGUCAAAGUGUGGGAAAUAUCCUACAGCCACCACUAGGCUUGACAAUAUGAGGAGUGGUCCUCACUAAUGCAGUGGAUUGGAUUUGCCCCAAACAUAACACUUUGUAUUCAGGACAAAAUGUUCAUUGCUUUGCCACAUUUUUUGCAGUAUUACUUCAGUGUCUUGUUGCAAACAGGAUGUGUGUUUUGGAAUAUUUUUUAUUCUGUACAGGCUUCCUUUUUUUUUUACUCUGUCCUUUAGGUUAGUAUUAUGGAGUUACUACAAUGUUAUCGAUCUACAUUCAGUUUUCUCCUAUCACAGCCAUUAAACUCUGUAACUGUUUUAAAGUCACCAUUGGCCUCAUGGUGAAAUCCCUGAGAGGUUUCCUUCCUCUCCGGCAACUGAGUUAGGAAGGACGCCUGGAUAUUCAAUGUCUUUGUGGUUGAAAUUCACUGCUUGACUAAAGGACCUUAUACAGAUAAUAUUGUGUGGGGUACAGAGAUGAUUUAAAAAAUGACCGUUAUACACGUACUGCAGAGUGUCCAUGCAACUUAUGUGACUUAAGCACAUUUUGACUCCUGAACUUAUUUAGGCUCCUUGACAUAACAAAGGGGUUGAAUACUUAUUGACUGAAGACAUGACAUUUUUCAUUUUUAAUGAAUUUCUCAAAUAAAUUCUUAACCUAAAUUCCACAUUGACAUAAUGGGAUUGUUGUGUGUAGACCAGGGACAAAUCUCAAUUUAAGCCAUUUUAAAUGCAGGCUGUAACACACAAUUUUGAAAAAGUCCAGGGGUGUGAAUACUUUUCUGAAGACACUGUAUGGGAAGCUUUGACUAAUGACAUACUCUGGUAGAACUGACAGAUUCUUAAUUUCUGUGCUGCAAUAAAUCUCUAGAAAAUGUAGUGGUAGUCACAAAUGCUAAUGGAACUCUUCAAAUCAUAUUUUAUGGGUCACAUACACAUAUUUAGCAGAUGUUUAUUGCGGGUGUAGCAAAAUGCUUGUCAAAGUUGCUUAGGAACUAGAAGCAGAGCAGAGCUGCCCUAUCUUACUACUUUCAGUAGCCUAGUUGUUCAAACAAGCAGAAUGUUAUUGGUCCACUGGUCCUGCAUAGGUACAACUUAGUAAAUUUGGUUAAAAAUGAUUUCAUUUAUACAACGCAUUUCACAAGACAACCAUUCGACAUGUGUACAGCAAAGACUCUAUGUGACUGACAAUUGGUUGAGUAGUUCCUAGACCCUGGUAUGGACCCACAAUUUGGGGGAAAAGUACCAGGAUGUUGACAUCUGGUGUGAAACAGGAACCCAACCCUCAAGGAACCCAAUCAUGUGAAAAUGUCCUAAGAGAGGUGACGAUUGUCUUUGCAGGAUAUGAGACCAUACGAUCUGUUGACCAGAUCCAACUAACCAACCAUUUACUGUCAUAGAGCAACAUCCUCGUGGACAUUUCAUUUCAAAAUGUAGAUGUUUUGUGUAGAUAGCUGGCAAACUGUGUACAUGGACACUAUUAGAGCAGAACCAAGAAGGGUAAUCUACAGUAGGAUACGUGUUUAGUAUUGGAUGUUGUACAGACAUUUGGCUAAUCUGACUUUUAUUUAUUUGAUCAUUUUAACUAUGCAACAGAGGUUUAAAUCGUGGAGGAUUUUAUUUUACUGUUGUAGCGGUCGGUUGGUUUUUGCCAUUUUAUGUUACUACAAAAAAAAUGUAAUUAUCCAUCCAUGAGAUGUGGAUAAUAAAGUUUCCUUCUGAUCGAA